UUAAAGCAUCUGACCCAAUACUUAUUGUAAGUACUAUUUAUAUAGCCACUGGUUCAAGCACUAAUGGAAGCCUACUUUGCAGACUUGCUGAAGCCAAGGGGUGUGUACGAAUGGAACUCUGGGUUACAACAAGUAGUUGGUCCGUGAACUACUCACCAAUCAUCAGCCUUUUACCUACAAACAACUGUGUGUUAGCAUCCAAGAAAAUAUGUGAUGAAAUAUUGAAAGUGCUACAGAAAGACCUGGGACCAUCUUGCCAAGCCACCUGUUUAGAAACAAUCCGUAUACUCUCCAGGGACAAGAAAGCUUUGACUCCUUUGACAACCAGACCAGCAAUGCUUGCCCUAAUGAGGUUGGCAGGAUUGGAGUAUACGCAAAGCUCAGCACAGGAAAUGCCCAAUUUUAGUGUUAUAAUUGAAGCUUUAAAAUGCCUGUGCAAUAUUGUAUUCAAUAGUGAAAAGGCGCAGCAACUUAGUGUGGACUUCAAGCUUGUCAGUGGAGCCUGUGAGCGCUUAAAGGUGCACAGAGACAAAAAUGUGCCUCGUGAAAUUAAGUUCUUUGACCUGCGCCUUCUUUUCCUGUUGUCUGCAUUGCGAAUGGAUGCCAGGGCUCAGCUAAAGGAAGAACAAGGGCUACUGUUGCUUACUGAUAUCCUAGAGAACACACUGGAUAUCAAGUGGUCAGAUAAAUAUGUGGUGGCUACAGACCGCAAGGGUCCUGUCUUGUCUAAUGAGCAGGCAGAUUUAUCCAUGGAGGUUCUGAAAGCUCUCUUUAAUGUUACUUAUGACUGCGGCCAGCAGCAAAUUGAUGAAGAUCGUGCCCAUCAGAACAGACACCUCGCUGCUAUUCUGUGUCACUGUUUGCUGCUGAAGACUCAGUCUGAAGGCAAAACUGAAGAAUUUCACAGCCACACAGUCAAUCUUUUGAACAACAUUCCAGCAUCAAGCCUUGAUCUCCUCUUCAGCCCCAGCAUCAAGUGUGGAACAGUCGAAUACAACGGGAAGAUGAUGGAUGCAGUUGAGGUUUUGCUGAGUUUCAUGGAAAAUCGAAUAGACAAAGGGUCCAAUUCAAAGGAUUGUACGAAGGAUUUCAGAUGGGAAAAGAGUCCAAUCAUAUUGUGUUAAGGAGCCUGAUGGUUU